GCCGUCUUGCGGCUUUUUAUUUUAUUCCAAUCGCGCGGCUAAAAAAUAACACUGAAAGCUACUGAAUCUGGCUAUUUGAUGUAUCUUCGUGUGUUGCUUUUAACGAGUGCUGUGAGUCUUUUGAGAUCACAUAGCACAACUGCAGCUGCGACCAUGGCCCUCAAAGCGUCGGACUUCGAAGUUUUUGGCCGUGUUCAAGGAGUUUUUUUCAGAAAGUACACAAAGGAUCAAGCGGACAAACUAGGGCUCCGAGGUUGGUGCAAGAAUACUUCCCAAGGAACGGUGCUCGGACACAUGCAGGGACCUCCGGAUAAAAUUGAAUCUAUGAUGCACUGGCUGAAAACCGUCGGAAGCCCGAGCAGCCAAAUAGACAAGGCGGAGUUCAGAAACCCACAAGACAUAGACCAAUACACGUUCGACAACUUCACCAUCAGAAAGGACUGAA